AGCGCGAGCACGCCACCGCAGCUCCCCUAGUCUGCGUGCGCGAGCACGUCACGACCCUGCCGUGCGCCGGGGCAGGGGGCGGGGUCUCGGCUGCACAAAUAGGACCGAGGGGGCGGGAUGGCUGCAAUUUGGCGCCAAGGUCGGCCGGGAUUCCCAGGGUUGUGAGCAAGCGGUGUGGUGUUCACAGUGGCUGUCAUGGUUCGUCCGCUAAACUGUAUCGUCGCUGUGUCCCAGAACAUGGGCAUCGGCAAGAACGGGGACCUGCCCUGGCCGCCGCUCAGGAAUGAAUUCAAGUAUUUCCAAAGGAUGACCACAACCUCAUCCGUAGAAGGUAAACAGAAUUUGGUGAUUAUGGGUAGAAAGACAUGGUUCUCUAUUCCGGAGAAGAAUCGACCUUUAAAGGACAGAAUUAAUAUAGUUCUCAGUAGAGACCUCAAGGAACCUCCACAAGGAGCUCAUUUUCUUGCCAAAAGUCUGGAUGAUGCCUUACAACUUACUGAGCAACCAGAAUUAGCACAUAAAGUGGACAUGGUUUGGGUAGUGGGAGGCAGUUCUGUUUAUAAGGAAGCCAUGAACAGGCCAGGCCACGUUAGACUAUUUGUGACAAGGAUUAUGCAGGAGUUUGAAAGUGACACAUUUUUUCCAGAAAUUGAUUUGGAGAAAUAUAAACUUCUCCCAGAAUACCCAGGUGUUCUUUCUGAUAUCCAGGAGGAGAAAAACAUUAAGUACAAAUUUGAAGUAUAUGAGAAGAACAAUUAAUGUGAAGGUGUUUUCUGGUUUAUUUCAAGUUAGUUGUUCCCCCUCCCCUCCAAUUACAUAUUUUUUAAUAUUAGAAAAAAAGACUUUUGUGACUUUAGGUCAACGGCUAAUUAUUUGUAAGCAAUGAGAUUUUAUAAAUUAAUCUUAAGUAGACUAUAGUUAAGAUUAGUCUUACUAUUCCAUAUCAGAUAACCAUUUAUGAAACCUUUUUUGCUAUAGCUGUAUGAUGCCCAUCAAGGACCAGCACCUGCCUACGGUAGCAUAUCUUUCAAAAACCAAAGUUGAAAAAAUUCCCCGAGAGCAUGAGUUGAAACCAGGACCUAUAGAGAUAGAACUAGGCAGAUUUGUCCAGAGGUCAGACAUGGAUUAUAAACAGAAGAGAUAGAACUCAGAUAUUAAAAGAAAAUUAAAUCAA